UUGCCUCUGGUCACACUGAUCUUUUUUAAUUUUUUUUACCAGUUCUAACUUUUUUUAAAAACUAAAUUUUAUCCGUGUUUUAUGCAAUAUUUUUAGUACGCCUAGUUAAUUAACAAAUACACACCACCAUGCAAUCCGUACUCACCCGCUCGCUGAACAUCGUGAUAUUGUCGCAGCCCGCAGAUCUUUAAAUGUACGACAAAUCGCCUCACUGUCGGCCCUCUCGGAAACCCACCAGAUGCUGCAGAAGUCCUGCCGGGAUUUCGCCAACUGUGAGCUUAGUGGAAAUGCAGCCAAGUUCGAUCGGGAGCACCUGUAUCCGGAAAAGCAGAUCCGCCAGAUGGGCGAACUGGGCGUGAUGGCGGUGGCGGUUCCCGAGGAGUUGGGUGGCACCGGUCUGGAUUAUGUGGCCUACGCGAUUGCCAUGGAGGAAAUCUCCCGGGGAUGUGCCUCUGCCGGCGUCGUUAUGUCGGUUAACAACUCCCUCUACCUAGGACCCCUUCUCUCCUUUGGAAGCGAUGCCCAGAAGGCGGAGUACAUCACUCCCUAUACCACCGGCGAGCGAGUGGGCUGCUUCGCCCUUUCCGAGCCCGGUAAUGGAUCCGAUGCCGGAGCUGCUUCCACGAUAGCCACCGACAAGGGGGAUCACUUUGUGCUGAAUGGCACCAAGGCCUGGAUCACCAAUGCCUUCGAGGCGGAGGCAGCCAUUGUAUUUGCCACCACGAACAAGCAGCUGAAGCACAAGGGCAUCUCCGCCUUCAUUGUACCCAAGGGCACCAAAGGAUUCUCGUUGGGCAAGAAGGAGGACAAGCUGGGCAUCCGGGGAUCCUCGACCUGCCAGCUGAUAUUUGAGGACUGCGCGGUGCCCAAGGAGAACAUGCUGGGAGAGCCGGGUUCCGGUUUCAAGAUUGCCAUGCAGACGUUGGACGCCGGGCGGAUAGGAAUCGCUGGCCAGGCGCUGGGCAUUGGCCAGGCUGCCUUGGAACUGGCCGUGGACUACGCCCAGAAGCGACAGGCCUUUGGCAAACCGAUUGCCAAGCUGCAGUCCAUCCAACAGAAGAUCGCGGACAUGUCGCUGGCCAUGGAAUCGGCACGACUGCUCACCUGGCGCGCCGCCUGGCUGAAGGACAGCAAGCAGCCCUACACCAAGGAGGCUGCCAUGGCCAAGCUGGCUGCCUCGGAGGCGGCCACCAUGUGCUCCCAUCAGUGCAUCCAGAUCCUGGGAGGAAUGGGCUAUGUCACCGACAUGGCAGCCGAGCGUCACUACAGGGACGCCCGCAUCACCGAGAUCUACGAGGGCACCUCCGAAAUCCAGCGGCUGGUCAUCGCGGGCUCCAUACUCAAGGAAUAUGCUAGCUAAGAUCAAAGUUUUUACCUAAAGUUAAGCAGAAUGAUCGUACUAUUGGUAGAUAUCCUAAUGAAAGCAAUUGUAAAAAUAAUAUUUGAUUUUAAUAAGAAACGAUUUUAAUAAGCUUUAUACAUUUUAAUUUAAUGAUUCCCAUUAAUUAAAGCCUAACAUAUUUUA